UGGGUGGUGACAAGCCGGCUGAUGGUGGCGGUGAUCGGGAGUCCUGGGUCUAUGGCGCCACCGCAGCGAUGUCCUCUGUGUCGCCAAACUUUCUUCUGUGGUCGUGGACACGUCUACAGCCACAAGCACCAGCGGCAGUUGAAGGGGGCUCUGGAGCGGCUUCUGCCGCAGGUGGAGGCCGCCCGCAAGGCCGUCCGCGCCGCCCAGGUGGAGCGUUACGUCCCUGAGCAUGAUCGGUGCUGUUGGUGCCCGUGCUGUGGCUGCGAAGUGCGGAAACACCUGAGCCAUGGAAACGUGACAGUGCUGCAGGGGGGCCUGCUGGAACAUCUGGCCAGCCCAGAGCAUAAGAAAGCUACUAACAAAUUCUGGUGGGAGAACAAGGCCAAUGCCCAGAUGAAAGAGAAGUUCCUGAUCUCCCCCCAGGACUAUGCAAGGUUUAAGAAAUCCAUGGUCAAAGGCUUGGAUUCCUAUGAGGAAAAAGAGGAUGGUGUGAUUAAAGAGAUGGCAGCUCAGAUCCGUGAGGUAGAGCAGAGUCGGCAGGAAGUGGUCCGCUCUGCCUUAGAGCCUCAGGCAGAGCCAGAUCCAGAAGAGGGCUCUUCGGCUUCUGGAAGCUGGAAAGCAACCAAUGGUCUGGCUCCUUUAUCUUUCAGCCACAUAGCCUCCAGCUCACAGCAGGUAACACACUUGGACCCGCAACGUGUUCCAGAGCUUGACUGGAUGGGGACAGGACAGCACCUAACUUUCAUAGGCCAUCAGGAUACACCUGGAGUUGGUAACAUCCACUCAGGUGCUACACCCCCCUGGAUGAUCCAAGAGGAGGAACACAGCUCUGGAAACCUCCCCAUAGGACCUUCCUAUGAGGAAUUUCUUAAAGAAAAGGAAAAAGAAAAACUGAAGAAACUCCCCCCAGAGCGAGUUGGUGCCAACUUUGACCACACCUCCAACACCAGUGCGGGCUGGUUGCCUUCUUUUGGCAGAGUCUGGAAUAACGGACGCCGCUGGCAGUCCAGGCAUCAAUUCAAAACUGAAGUGGCAACAAGAAGCAAGCAGUCACAUAAAGGAAAAAGCUGAAGGGUCUCAGCCUGAUGAUACUCUUCUGAUCUCAUGGCAACAACUCCAUUCCAAUUAUCAUUAAGACCAAAAAAAAAAAAAAAAAAAAAAACUCUCCGGCAACCAUUCAUUUGACUCAAUAAAGUUUUAUUUUUUAAAA